CUCCCUGUGAGUUGGGAUGCGAGGAGGUGGCUUUGCUGCAGAUGCUUCUUGUAGAAGAGAAGAAAUGGCCUUCUGCAGGCUGCCGACCCAGCUGGCACUGACCCCUGAAGCUGAGGGGGGCCAAGAAGCACCCUGCCCCGACGCUGCGGGUGAAGAGGAAGAGGGGAUUUUUUGCCAGGACAGCGUGAAAGUGCUACGGCUGACGUUGCAGAAUGACCUUCCAGGCGAGCGACGUGAUCAGGUGAAACAAAAGCCUGUUGGAAGGGCCUUUGCUAUGGUGGCCAACAGAUCAAGUAAUGGCCAUUCACUGGCUUCAGAAUGCAUCAAAUCCAGUGACGGUCACGAGGAGAUCAUCAAGGUUUACUUAAAAGCAAGGGCUGAGGACAAGGUGAAGCAUGAACAGAAUGUCAGUCAGCUGAAAAGUGAAGUUCGUUACAUUCAAGAGGCUAGAAGUUCUAUGAAGAAGCUGCGGGAAGAUAUAAGUAGUAAACUUGAGAGCAGACAAGGAGCUAAGACUAAUCUGCAAUGUGCAAAGGUAAUGUUCGAAAAACAGAAUGGAAUCUGCAAGCCAUCAGGGUAUUGCCAUAGGAACUCCUUGGAAGAUCAGGAGGAGGAUUAUUCAGGAGAAGACACAGAAAAAAUUCGUGAGACAGCAAAGAGAUUGUUCACGAAACUGCAGGAGGCUGAGAAGCGGCAUCAGUCAGACAAGACCGCUUUUGAGAUGACAACCUCUCAAUACCAGAAGGAAAUAGAGCAAACCAGUGCAGCUCUGAAGAAGGCUGAGGAUGGCAUGAGAGAGAAGGAAGUGAAGCUGGAGGAAGUUCAGAGGCUCAUGUCAGGGAUGGAGAAGGAACAUCAGAGUUUGCUGCUGAAGAUGAAAGAAGGUGAAGCAGAGCUGGAGAAACUGAGAAGCCUGCAAAAUGACCAGCUCGCCGAACAGGAUAGGUCGGCCAAACUGGAGAAGGAAGUGGCUACCUUGCGGGAGAAGAUACACCAUCUCGAUGACAUGCUGAAGAGUCAGCAGCGCAAAGUCCGGCAGAUGAUUGAGCAGCUUCAGAAUUCCAAAACAGUGAUUCAUGCGAAGGAUGUAAUUAUUCAGGAACUCAAAGAGAGAGUUGCCUACUUGGAAGCAGAGAAUCUGGAGAUGCACGAUCGUAUUGAGCACCUGAUUGAGAGGCAAACCAACCCUGGCAGUCAUAGCACCAGAGCUCGCUCAAAAUCUGAGUCCGUGAGCAGUAAAAGGGUGGCGAAGCCCCUUGGACCCAAGCCCCUCCCUCUCAUCAGAGUGCUGGAAACAUGAGCUGUCCUGGGCACGGCUUCUGAACUGAAGAAACUCACCAUUUGCUACUGUUGACUGAACUUCACUGCCACCCCCUGUGCUUGCUGGACAAUGGUGGACAAUGCCUCCAGAGAACUGUAAUGCUUUAAUGGUCAAGCUGUCCCCAGGGGUGACUGGCAGAGCAGCAAGCCCUGCUGAACUGACAUUUCCAUACUGCUGCCCCCAGGGGGGGCUUCCAGAGUCCAGCAGAAGCAAAUUUGUUGAGCAUGGUAUCUGAUGUGUCAGGAGAACAUCUAACCCGUGUGUGUGUAUAUAACAGACAGACCUGCUUGCACUCAGCCCCAGAGUUAGGCUGACUUUCCCUGGUACAGUUUUUUUUAAUAUUUCUUCCUUUGCUUAAGCCUGAUAUUGCUCUAUGAGCAACUUAUGAUACUAUACGCCUUCUUUAUUCCUCAGUGGAAUCCUGCUUUUUUUAAUUGCAACUAACCAAGGUGGACUUAAAUUUUUAAGCUUUUUAAGAAAAGAUCAGCACCCAAAAUCAUCAUCUUGAAAUCACACAGAUUCCCAUGUUUCUCUCCCAAUCCGCACCAAACCAGUGGACUUCAACUGAUGUCCUCUUAAGGUCUGGCUCCUCCCUCCUGUGGUCGCUGCGAGUGCUGCUUGUGGCUGUUCAUUGGGAUGCAUCCAACACAAGGCUUUUCAAUAGUCCGUUCCUCACUAGCAGAGAGAUGAAACCUACGCAGAUCUGUGUAGGUAUAAAAGAGGUUGUCCAGUUCCUACUUGUAUUUAUUUCAGUAAAUUAUUAGUGUCUUCAGAUUCGCUUGGAGACGAGCACAAGUGCUAAUGCCAUAGUUUUAUGUAGCAUAUUUAGUACGUGCGUGUUUUUCUGAUUUCAGUGGAAGAUACCAACCGAUGUUUCUUCUGGGCUUGAAAGUUAUUAUAUAACUUGUAUGUGAUUUGAAAAGAAGCAACCUUCUCUUUUUAUUUACAUCUCUGGCAGAGGAAAGAUGUCAGCAUAUGACACAUGUAUCUCUAUAAACUAGCAAAGAGAGGCAGAACCAGUCCUGUAAAAGGUACCUAUCGAAUAACCUCUUUAGUGCAGAAAACCAUAAGCCUUAUAUAGCCGUCCAAAUAAUCUGUAGUGGAUUGAAUAAAUUAUGUAAAUAGUG